AUGGAGCCAAACCAGAACUCUCCAGUCAGCGAGAUCCCAAAGCCCCAUUCGCCUAUCGCCAUCAAGAGAAGGGAUCUCAACAUGCACUGGAGACUCCAAAGAGGGUUGCCUGCCUCCCCAAUGAGCAUGGACUUUUCCCCGACUCCUCCCAGAAAUCAGUCCGCAACAGAGGCUGCUAAGUCAGAGGAGUCCAGCCCGGAAUGGGAACAAUCUCGUCAUACUGCCGUCGUUACCACUAAGUCUUCUCCCAGAGUAGAGACUGUCGUCUCUCACGUCCCCUUUACGCAGAACACGCGGUACUUUCUCGAAAGGCAAAGACUUCAGCAAGAAGACGAAGAGAGAGCGCAACAGGCUCGCCGGAACACGCGGCCGCAAUAUCCCCAUCAAUUUUACGCCUACGCCUACGACCGCGGAAACGGCCGCUACACGAGACUGGUCCCAGCGGAUAUGCUUCCUCCACUCGUGGGUGUGCCCGCCUACGAGUCGGACAUCUCUCGUCUGUUCGUUCUUGAGCUUCCCCAGGCCUUGGAUGCCGACGAGCGCAACACCAACGUGGAACCGGUUCAGACUCAGGUGGCGCAGGGUGACGCCGUUCAGUCGCAGAUCGACUCAAUCGUCUUGGCCAGCCACAGUCCCGCAGCUAAUACGAGCCUCACUCACCAGGCCACCGGAACCGCCUACCUGACCCCCCCUCCUCUUCACGGCCAAGGCCCCAAGCGAGCCAAGAUUUUCUGCGACAAGUGGGUGCACGAGGGUACCUGUGCCUUCACCCAGCAGGGCUGCAAGUACAAGCAUGAGAUGCCCUAUGACAGGGCUACCCAGCACAUGCUCGGUCUGUUCCAUGGCUUGCCUGCUUGGUACAAGCGGCAGCAAGCCGAGCUGAUGAGGCAGAGACAGCAGCUGGUCAGCAACGAUGAGUCGAGCACCAGCAAGGGACCCAUCGAUCUGACCGCGCUCCGUGGCGCUCCCCAUCGUCGUCGGUCUCUGACUACGGCUUCUGGAAGUCCGAUCUCGCGCAGAGGCUCGGCUGAUCAAGGGUCGGCAUCUGGUAGUGGGGGUGAGGCGAUGGGGGUGGGAGGUCAGGCUCACGCCGCCACGAACAGCAUGGGAGCAAAGAGCUUCGGAGGCGGUGGUUAUCAGCGUGAGAAAAGCUCAAGUCCUCGGGAGUUGAACAACUGGCGUCCGAGUGUUGGAGGUGGCUCUUCAGGACCCUCUCCAAUCCCUACCGGCCCCCAGAUCCUAAGCCAAGGCCCCUGCCGCUUCGGUCCCAUCGGACAACCCGCCCAACCUCAACCUCGCGACCCUCGCGGCAAUCCCAGCAUUAUCAACAGUUAUCGCCGCAUCGAUGCUCCUCCCGGCUUUCCCCCCCAUCCUCACUCCUACCGCCUCCUUCCAACCACCACGACCCCCGACAGCUCCGAUAACGAGGGCAAGGAGGAGGGCGGCCCCCUGGGAGGGGGGGGAGCUCGAGUCCAGGUCCAGGCCCAGGUACACCAGCAGCAGCAGCAGCAGCAGCAGGCCGAAGGCGGCGGUGGCGGCAUAGCAGCUCAGUGGAUGGGAUCGGCUUACGAGGAUGGGGAGAAUUCCUGGAAGUGGUCUCGGGACACUAACCAGGAGUAG